AUGAGUUUAAACAAAAAAGCAAAAUCGCGACCAAGGCCACCCAUGGAUCCAUCGAACACUGCCAAGCGUAGGGCUGCCCGAUCAGCUCGUUUUUCUUCGGGGACCGAUUUAAAGUAUCAGACGUUACGGAAAUCAAGGAUGAAAGAACAAGAAGCUUUUGAAGCCCAACAAUCCAAACAUUGGCAAGAAAGCACCAUUUUGGUCGGCACUUGUACUCAAAUGUGUCCGGAGUUUGAAGUUGCCGAAAGAACGAUACAAAAGUCCAUUCAUCCUUAUGAAAAACAUCCAGAAACUCACCAACCUGAUCCCGAGUUUACUGUUAAAGCUUACCAUCGUCCUGCCGCUGGAAAAGGUCCCAUCCUACCUUCCGAUGUUCGGCCUCCAGCCAUUUUGAGAAAAACAACCGAGUAUCUUCUUCAACAAGUACUGCGGAAACAUCCUUUUCACGAAGCACACGCUUUUGUGCGUGAUCGGACUCGUGCUAUACGCCAGGAUUUUUCUGUACAAUCUUCGUUUACGAAUGAAUCGAUUUAUUGUCACGAACUAAUUGCACGAUUUCACAUCGUUUCAUUGCAUGAGCUAAAAGGUCAACCCGCUUUUAGCUCGCAGCAAGAAAUCGAACAAUUGUCAAAAGUUCUCUAUACCCUUGGGCAAUUAUAUGACUACAAACGAAUGAAAAAUCAAGCUAAUCGACAUGAACCCGAAUUUCGUGCCUACAUGGUUUUACUAAGCUUAGGCGAUCCUGCAAUAUCCGUUGAGACGUUAUCGUGGUCUCCGGACUUGAUAGAAAAGCCAAUUGUUCAAACGGCGUUGGCCCUUCAUUCUUAUGCACAGAGGAAUAACCAUACAGAGCAGAGAUUUAAACAUGUUGAUUUGUCUCUAAUUUCUUCUACAAAUACUGAAGCUGCUCCAAAUUUUUACACAAGGUUUUUCAAAGUUGCUAAAGGUUUCAAAACUACCUUUUUAAUGGCGUGUAUAUUAGACAUGUUUCUUCCUUCUUUACGUACUGGUGCGUUGAAGGCAAUGAAAAAAUCGUAUCUUUCUGCUCAUGCAAAUAUUCCUUUUUCUGAUCUUUUAAGAAUCCUUUCCCUCCCUCGUAAUGAGGAGCUCAUAAAAAUCUGCAAGAGUCAUGGUCUUCAAAUAGAGUUUACAGAUGAGCAACCGUUGUCUGUGAUUUUAAAUAAGAGAGCUUUAAUUCAUGAUCCUUUACCGGAAGACAAUGAAUACUCGUAUCUGGCUAAUACGAAACACCCCAAGAUAUCGAUUUCAAACAUUAUAUGCGUCGCAAGUGAUCAUGCAAAACUGCAAAGGCGCCGUUCAAAGAAAGACCCACGAAAGAAUUCUUCUUCUAAACGGGGGAGUAAUCCUAAAAUCCUCUAG